AUGGCUGUAACAAUGGAGCUUGAGGAGAGCGCGUCAGACUCGAAGUUGCACAAGGAGAGUACAGCUAAAAAGGAACUGCGACCUUCGAGCGCUGUUUCGUUCUCUAAAUCUGAUCAUGGACCAGAAACGACGUCGUCGAACGAACAACUGAAACAAUUCAAGAGUUGGGUAAGUAACGACAGAUGGAAUGAGCUAAAGAAAUUAGCAGACAUCGCAAUGAAGGAACGGAAAGUGUUUAUGAUCAAAGGAGGCGGUUUCCCGGCUGUCCGCAGAGCGUUACUAGAAAGAGGAUGGCUUGAAAAAUAUGAACCAAAUAAGGCUCGUCAUCCGCCACCUAACCUAGACCCAAAAAAAGCUACAGGCAAAGAGCUUUCCAGAGUCGAGAGAAUGAUUUUGUACAAAUUUAUGGAACAACACUCCGUUGAUUUCCUGUGGACGACCAAAAGAGACAAGUACGACUGGUUGCUUAGUAACAAGGAAGUUAUUAUUAGCAGAUUUUGCAGAUCGAUUUUUACAACUAAAGAAGGAUUGACGACCUCGUUGACACAAAUGCACUGGUACACGGAACCGGGAGUUGCCUUAACUAGGUUCCCACGAAGCUACAACAUUCACAAUUCCGAUAGCCUCGAAGAGUUUAUCGAUGAUUUCCGAAUAACAGCAUGCAUUAGUGUUCUCAAAUGGCUAUCGACCACAAUACAAACUGGUGGUGAACAAAGUAUAGUCGUACCUCAAGGGAAGGUGCCGUUUACCGCUAUAGAGUUUGCUAUGACUAGAUUAAAUGAAUACAUAUCUUUCUUUACGCAUAAGGAUAUCGAUGAUACGGAAGAUCAAGCCCAGCAUAUUUGGGAACAUGAGUGGGAUCAAUUUUUAACGCAUCAUUACCUCUUGGUGCAUGAAAAGGCGAAAUUUAUGGAAGACAAGAAUUUUAAUAUAAGACAAUUAGAAAAGAAAGCAACCAAAGUACUUGCAGCCAUGACGAAGUUCUGGCCACAAAUCGACAUCGAUGGAGUGUUGAAUAUCUGGAUAGUGAAGCCCGGCAACAAAUGCCGCGGUCGGGGCAUCCAACUCAUGAACAACAUCAAAGAUAUCAUAGGCCUGAUCAAUAUCCCCGCUCAGAAGACUAGAUAUGUCGUUCAGAAAUACAUUGAAAAUCCACUGGUUAUUUACGAUACAAAAUUUGAUAUUCGUCAAUGGUUUCUAAUUACAAAUUGUCAACCGCUAACUAUUUGGAUGUAUAAGGAUAGUUAUCUGCGAUUUAGUUCUCAAAUUUUUAGUCUGUCCAAUUACCACGAGUCAGUUCAUUUGACUAACAAUGCUGUUCAGACAAAAUAUAAAAACAACAAUGAACGUGACAAAGCAUUGCCUGACGAAAACAUGUGGGACUGUCACACUUUCAAGGCUUACCUCCGACAGAUAGGAAAGUAUGAAUUAUGGGAUACGAAAAUAUACCCGGGGAUCAAACAAAGUCUUAUUGGCGCUAUGCUUGCUUGUCAGGAGUCGAUGGACAAGCGACAAAACAGCUUUGAACUAUAUGGUGCAGAUUUUAUGCUCACAGACGAUUUUACGCCGUGGCUUAUCGAAAUUAACUCCAGUCCUGACUUGGCUCCUACUACUUCAGUUACAGCUCGCUUAUGCCCCCAGUGUCUUGAAGACGUUAUUAAAGUUGUUCUAGAUAGACGAUAUAAUCCAGAAGCUGACACAGGAACGUUUGAAUUAGCCUACAGACAAGUAGUUCCAAAAGCUCCUGCUUACUUGGGAUUAUCCUUAUGUGUUAACGGCAAAAAGGUAUAUAAAAAGAAGGAGAAGAGACAUGAGCCGAAGAUUAUCAAUCCAGAGCCGAGAGCAUCCUCCGGUGACAUGAAACCAGACGUAGAUCAGCCUGUACCUCCUGAAUAUACUGGUCCAAUUAUUACAGACUUUCUCACAUGGCUAAAUCCUUAUGACGCUCUACCAACUAAUAGAGAUGGAAUCUUACUAGGUCCAAAGGAAUCUCUUACGGUACGCCGUGCUAUUACCGUGGUUAAAUCGGGAAUAAGUAAUAAUAGCUCUUCCAAAAAACGUAAAACGUCCCUCUCUUCUAGGACUCAUCGCGGAAGGCGGGAAAGAAACUAUACAGAAUCUAAGCGAAGAAUUGUACCUCAUUCGUGCUAUAAGCCUGAAGAGGCCAAGUCAAAUAAUAAUACCGUUAAGUUUCGGACAGAAUCUGCACGGAAAUUGGACAAGCCGAAAAUUGACAGAUCGGUUGGUAAUAAAAGAUGUUAUAUAGAUCCUAUCGAAUGGGAGCGAGAGACUGCUAGCAUAUUGCGACCAACAAUUUCUGUUCAAAAUAAAAUAGUACCUAAAUCAGACACAGUUCCAUCAAUAGUGCUACGUCAAACGAAAUCUGGUAUUUUAACCACACCAAAACUUUUAGGACCUCAAAACUGUGAAGAUAGUACAGACUCAAUUAAAAAAAUAAGCGCUGUUGGUAGAAAUAUUUGCAAACUUAGAGAUGAAAAUAGAAACUCUCAAAAAACUAUAACUUUUUCUAAAAGUUGCACAUCUAUUUACGCGCCACCGUACAGAGUUGUAGUAACGCCUUUAAACGACGAAGGUAGAGGUUGUUUUAUAAAAAGAAGGGGGACCUAG